AGCUCUGGCUUAUGCUGUCAACUGAAAUGAAUUAUGCACGUUGGCCGUACGACAUUUACAUAUUUAUUUUUUGGACAUUUGUUUUUUGCGGCAGCCGAACCUAACCUUAAAAAGCGACCAACGUCAGUGGCGAGGCCGGCCGUGGGCGACGAGCGGCGCGAAGAACUGUUUUUGGCGGCCUAAAAAUAACGCGAAACAGAGAUCAAAGCAAAAUUGUGGAGAACGACGCCGACGGUGGUGUUGCUGCGCAGGGCUGCAGCCGAUAUGUUGCCUAUCGUUUCCACUGGUCUGAUGAUGCGCAAUGCCGUCUCACAUCUGCGUCAACGAGCAACAAUGAGUCUGCACCGCAAUUAUAGCCGUGGAAAACCGGCUGAUAAUAUUUUUGGAAAAAUGUUUGGCAAGUAUUUGGCAGUCACGAAUAUUGUGGGAUCGGGACUGCUGCUGGUGGCCGGCGAUGUAGUUACUCAACAAUAUGAAAAGGCCAUGCAUAAGAAACGAUUCGACUUUAACCGUUCGGGACGCAUGUUCGUAACGGGUUUGGUCGUGGGACCCGUGCAGCAUGCAUUCUACAGUCGCCUCGAUCGAUUACUUCCGGACUCAAAACGUGUUACGGCAGUGAAGAAGAUAUUUUUCGAUCAGCUGUUUAUGUCGCCCACCUAUAUCUUUCUGUUCUUCUAUGUAUCCAGUUUGUUGGAGGGCAAUACAAUCAAGGAAUCAAAUGCAGAGAUACGCGAAAAAUUCCUAUACACCUGGAUGCUCGACUGCAUGAUCUGGCCGUGCGUACAGUAUCUGAAUUUUCGCUUUCUGAAUCCCAGGCAUCGCGUCAUCUUCAUAAACGUCACCAACUGCAUGUACAUUGUUCUGCUCUCCUACAUAAAGCACGAUAUGGGUGCGAAAAAUCACAAUCAAACUAAAAUUAAUGAAAAAUCCGACUAGAAACCUGCAGCUGCUUGGCAAAUGUCUGUAAUUCACGUUUUUACAACAAAAACUUUAAAAUAUUCGAAAUAAAAUUGUGCCAGUGGCACUGGGCUAAAACUUACUUUCGAUAUU